AUGGCCGGAAAUGUUACACACGUCAGCGACAAGCUCAUCAAGAGCACAGACGUCGCCCCAGAUCAUCCGAGUACCAACGUUGUUCCUUCUCCGCCGUCCGGUAACAGCAGUGACACUCUGCAUGACGAUGAGAGCUCCGACGAUAACCGCAAAAUCCCCAAUAUCAGUCCUUUCACCAUAGCCACCAUCAACUUCGGGGACUUGAAGAUCCACGAAGACGACCUCUCGUAUCCUCAAAAGGACCUCGAUCAUUUUCCUGGCUCCUCCUACAGCAACGUCAGAUACCACAAUAGGCCUGCUCCUGCCUAUAGCCAUCCUAUCCAGCAAUUGCGGCGCAACAAUCACCACAUGGGCUCUGGCAACGGCUUCUACGGUAGAGGCAGUCAUCUAAAUACCCGUACCUGGGUGUCAGAAGAAGCUCGUGCUGCCCAAGAGUUUCUGGUCGUCCGCAACUCCAUGAAACGGCUAUUCAAGAAUGCUGAUGUUGCGAAAUGGAAGGUGACGGACUAUAUUGCGCACCGCGAGGCAUUGAUGGCGUCUGCAGCCAAGAAACUCUUAAGAAAGGUCCAGGAUAAAGAGGACGAAGCCGUCUUGCGCGUUCCACCUAUCUCUCCUCAACAACAGGACAUGAUGAGGCGAUGCGGCCUCAAGGGCAACUUCGAUCAGACCGGCAACCAUGGUCGCAUUCUCGGGGAAAAGACCAUUUGGUGUGAGGAUUGGCAGAACGGAAAAGAUGAAAUUGCGCCAUGGCCUUGUCUGGCAGAGCUGAAGUGGGAGGGAGAUGAUCGUGCAAAGACUGGGGUCGGGCGUUACCCACCUCUUCCUCGUGAGCAGGGGCCCGUUGGACUUCCUUGGAAUCAGCUGCAAGCUGUCGAACAGUACCCUCUGGAUCAGAUCGCUUGCAUCCCUACCAUGGAAGAUGUGUACCUCCCUGUCGACGAGAUUGGCGAAGAAGUCAAGUACAGUCUCCUGAACAAGAACCUCGAAGAUGCCAUGGAUGCCUACCUGGAGUCUUGA